GAAGGGGCUAAUUAAGCAUCUCAAUACAGAAGAGAAGCUGCAGAAAUGAACCUGCAGGUGAAGGUGAGAGCGGAAAGAGAGGAGGAGGAGGAGAAGCGCGAAGCGGAGGAAAAUGAUCAGCCGGUGAGCCCGACGGGGCAAUACUUCAAUAGCUCAGCGCUCUCCGUGAGCAUAAUGGUCGUGUUCGAGUCCGAAAUCCCGAUAGACGACUCCCCGACGAUGUCGACACUUGAGAACCUCCUUUUGCCGAUUAACCCGCGCUUCUCUUCUAUCAUGGUCAAAGAUGAGAAGGGGGUCCAACACUGGCGCAAAGUCAAAGUCAACUUAGAAGACCACGUCAACAUUCCGGUCUUCCCCUCCGGCCUCGCGGCGUACGACGAACACGUCGAAGACUACCUCUCGAAGAUGGCCGCGGAGCCGCUCCCUUUGAGCCGGCCCCUGUGGGAGAUCCACAUCAUAAAGUAUGCGACGAGGCACGGGGAGGGUUCGUUGGUGUUCAAGCUCCACCACGCUCUCGGCGACGGCUUCUCCCUCAUGGGGGCCCUCUUCUCCUGCCUCCAGCGGGCCGACGACCCCUCGCUGCCGCUCACUUUUCCGACACGCAAGGUGGUGCCGAAGAAGAGCACGAAUCGGUGGCAGGGGGCGGUGAGGGUCUUGUCGGCGUGCGUCGACACGGUGCGAGACUUCGGGUGGAGCAUGUGGAAGAGCAGGUGGGGUGAGGACGAUGUGUCGGCAGUACGGUCGGAGGGCAUCGGGCACGAGUUCCGGCCGAUCAGCAUCUCAACUGUCGAGUUCGAGCUGGAGCAGAUAAGGAGGAUCAAGGCCGAGAUAGGCGGGACUAUAAAUGACAUCAUUAGUGGCAUAGUAUUCUACGGGAUACAACUAUACAUUCAAGCGAUGAAUCAAAACAACAUAGCUACCGCUACCAACAAAGUGACUGCAUUGGUGUUGCUCAACACAAGAAACAUUAGCAGCUACCAAAGUGUGGAUGAGAUGACUAAACCAAAUGCGAGGUCCCCGUGGGGGAACCAAUUUGGGUUCAUGCACGUCUCUCUCCCGACGUGCGCGAACGCCGAGAGCGCCGACCCCCUCUACUUCGUUCUCCAGGCGAAGAAGAUCAUCAAGGCAAAGAGGAACUCCCUCGUAGUUUACCUCACCGGACGGCUUCUCGAAACUUUGCGCAGAAUCAAAGGUCCAGAGGCCACAGCACGGUACAUACAUGGGACACUGAGGAACACGAGCAUGACUGUUUCAAACCUGACCGGGCCCAUUGAGCAGAUGAUCAUAGCUGGCCAUCCUGUGAAGAGCUUCCAUUUCAUGGUUGUUCGAGUCCCCCAGAGCCUAACAAUAACUGUGGUGAGCUACAUGGGGAAGCUGAAGGUUGCCUUGGGAGUUGAGAAAGGCUUCAUAAAUUCCCAGCUUCUCAAUUCUUACAUGAAGGAAUCAUUUGAGAGAAUCUUGGAAGCAGCUAAAGGAAAGAGGAAUUAGAGAGAAUAAUAAGCAGUACUUGGGCCUUGGUAUAUAUUAAUCGAGCACUAAUCGUCUCAGCGACUGCGAAUCAGAUACAUUGAAUGUGAUCAGCUUUGCUAUGUGAACAGUACUGAUCGUCAAGUUCAACAUUCGCACUCUUCACGAAAUAAUGGUUUCUGCUCUUUAACUAGCACUUCUGAUUUCUUGAAGAAUCGAAGUGCCUAUAUAAUAAUUUUUAAUUUCAUCAAUUUUUUUUGGUCAUUUUUUUAAAUUACGUUGGUGGUAAUAAAUUUGGGGAAUUAAUCUUUCUCAAAGUUAGAUAUUGUAAUCUUUACCCUGUUAGUUAAUGCCCUUGUACUUUUGUCAUGUAUUAGCUAUUCUAUAGAUAGUUAUUGUUACUUAUACAUCUAUUGCUUUA